GGGAAACUUAAACGGAAUCUGUUAAUUGGAUUGUAGAAUUGCAAGUAUUCAACCGUCGGAGCUGCGUUGAGUUUGCAACUCCGGAGCAGUGAUUCUCAAGUCACCGAUUGCAGAAAGUUUUUCUUCAAAUUCUCUUCCGAAUCGCCCAAUGUUACAAUCGCCCGAUGAGCUUUCUUAAAGAUAUCAUCGACAAUUUUAGUUCGAUCUUCUCCGAUUCGGCACCGACUGAGAAAAACCCUAGCACCGGAGCGAUGGACGGGGAGGGCGGUGUUUCGACGGGGAAUGAGCGGACAGCGUAUAAGCUGAAAGGUUACUUUGAUUUGGCCAAAGUGGAGAUUGAUAAGGCUGUUCGCGCCGAGGAGUGGGGGUUACCGGACGACGCCGUUUUUUGUUACCAGAAUGCUCAGAGUAUACUGGCUGAAGCGGUUUCCACUCCAGUGCCUUCGUACAUCACCUCUAGUGAAAUGGAGAAGGUGCAAUCUUAUCGGCAGAAGAUAUCAAAAUGGCAGGGCCAAGUAGCAGAGAGACUACAAACUUUAACUCGAAGAACAGGUGGAUCAUCAGAAAUCAAGAGUACGUCACCAAAGUUACAAACUGGGGUAGUUUCAUCUUCUGUUUCACGACCAAGAAAAGUGGCAGCACAAAAGGUUUCUGUCAAUAGCAGAACUGGUCCUUCUCUGAGGAGUCAAGGAAAUAAUGCUCCAACUUUGCAAAAACCUGCUCAAGGAUCUGUAGGUGGUCAUGAUGCUAAACUGGUAGAGAUGAUAAACUCUGUGAUUGUUGAUCGUAGCCCUUCAGUUAAAUGGGACGACAUUGCUGGUCUUGAGAUGGCAAAACAAGCAUUAACAGAAAUGGUUAUUCUACCAACAAAAAGAAGAGACCUUUUUACUGGUCUUCGAAAACCAGCCAAAGGUUUACUGCUCUUUGGACCACCUGGUACUGGAAAAACCCUGCUUGCUAAAGCAGUUGCUUCAGAAUCCGAAGCUACAUUUUUUAAUGUUUCGGCUUCUUCACUGACAUCAAAGUGGGUGGGAGAGGGUGAAAAGCUCGUUCGUACUCUUUUCCAGGUUGCCAUUUCCAGGCAGCCAUCAGUUAUCUUCAUUGAUGAGAUAGAUAGUAUAAUGUCAACAAGAACAGAAAAUGAGAAUGAAGCAAGUAGAAGGUUGAAGUCUGAGUUUCUAGUUCAGUUUGAUGGGGUUGCGUCAAAUUCUGGUGAUUUAGUUACUGUCAUUGGUGCAACCAAUAAACCCCAAGAAUUGGAUGACGCAGUUCUUAGAAGACUGGUAAAGAGAAUUUACAUACCUUUGCCGGAUGCAAAUGCUAGGAGAGUUCUUCUGAAGCAUAAGCUCAAGGGUCAAGCAUUUUCUUUGCCAGAUAGAGAUGUAGAGAGACUUGUGGCUGAAACUGAUGGGUAUUCCGGAAGCGACCUACAAGCUUUGUGUGAGGAAGCUGCAAUGAUGCCAAUCAGAGAGCUAGGUGCAGACAUCCUUACAGUCCAGGCAAAUCAGGUUAGGAAAUUGAGAUAUGGAGAUUUUCAGAAGGCAAUGACUGUUAUCAAGCCUAGCUUACAGAGAAGCAAGUGGGCUGAACUCGAAAGGUGGAAUCGAGAGUUCGGUUCCAACUAGUUCUACAUAAACUCAAGUCUACAUGCAUCAAGAUUUUCCUCUAUUAAAAAACAAUUAUUUAGGGUUGUAUAUUAUUGCCCUAGAAGAUCCAGUAACUGAUAAAAUGUAAAAAGUUAAUAAAAGUCGAUGGUAAUUUAGUUUA